ACGCGUGCACGAUAUGGCCGUGGCGGCGUAAAUACUACUCUCUUCUUUUUUGUACAACCUCUCUAUUUUUAGUCUACGAUGAAUUCACCGGUAUAAAUACACAGAUCACAUACCAAUCUAUAAGGGAGUAGAAAGCAUGUCUGACCAGGAGAAACGUCCACUGUUCAUGAUGUGUUGAAGGAGAACUAUUUUCAUACAGCCAUGUGGUCGGAAGUAUUGGAUUAUGUGCGUGUAGUAAAUUGACAUUCCAGACGAUCGAGCUGUGUUGUAAUUUAUCACGUAGUGUGUAUUCAAGGAGUAUUCAAGCUCAUUCAGCUAUCUAUGAAUGGUACCGUAACGGACUGUACUAUGGUACGGUAUUAGCACGCAACGCAUCGUACCUAUAUAAUCCAUUGCAAAGUUCAGACAAAACAUAAACAUAACAUCGUGGAUAUGUUGAUGCAAGAAAAGAUAGCGGAAUAAAGAUUUUUGAAAGAUGCUUGUUUGUUGAUGGCUUUCUUUGAUAUCAUUGGGAAUCCUAGUCUCGAGAAGAAAGAAUAGAAAUUUAUCUUGGCCAUCACUUUGAAGUAAUGUAGGAUCAAAGACUUCACAAAAUGCCGUGAUUCCCAAGCGUGAAAUAUUCACCAGAGAUGAAGAAAAAAUACGAAAUGUGCCUUUCCCAUCAAGCGUCAUUGGACAAUUAUCGUAAUCGAGGUCGAUGAACCUGGAUACGACCAACUUAAAACCAUACAAUGCAUCAAAUCGAUCUCCAAGAUCCUGAAAGAGAGCGCGCCAUCGUUCAUUCCACAAACCAGCUCAAUGUAUCAUCAUUGACUGCGGGUAGUAUAGGAGGUCUUAGUGGUGUCAGCAACGUUGGUGUUGGCAGUACUGUCCAACGAAAUCCUCAGCUGUCCGCCGAGGAACGUCGACGCAGGAGUCGAUAUCGGAAGAAACGUAACCGCAUCGGCCUUCUACUUAUCUUUGCCACGUUACUUCUCUUUGCUGGACUUGUCAUUUGUGUGAACACGAAAGAGUACGUCGCCGGGGCAAUCAUCAGCGUCAUUGGGGUUAUUCUGGGCAGUUCGUCCAUGGUACUUUGUCUUUUAACCACGGACUCCUGCGGGAGAGUAGGAACCCUUCAUGGGAUUCGAGAGCGAGUUUCAAGUUUCUCACGAUCGAAUCGACGUCAUAGUGCCGCCAACGACCGCGCCGACGUUCAGCGGUCGCCGCCGCGUCAUGGGGACGGCGCGACAGCGUCUGUCACAAACUCUUCCCUCAAUAUACAUGAAACAUUAGUGUUACAUCCGCUUCCGCCUACUGGUAACAUGUCAGGCGACUUUUUAGACCACCUCCCACCUCCAUUGUAUGAGACUGCUGAGAUUCUACGACGUGAGGACAUUGGUGUUGAACUUAUGGUCGGAGAUGUACCUGGCGCUAUUGGUGGCUCUGCUGAUUAUCAGUACUACAAAGUCAGUCAGACGGACAUCCAUCAUAACCCAUUAGCGUCCUCCUCAUCGACCAACCUCGCCUCGUCAUCGACCGCCCCUGCAGUCACAAGCCACAUGUGCGAAGAAUGCGUCCAACGUCAUCUAGACGACGGCGGGGGCGGCGGCGUGCAAGGCCAUGCUCCCCCGCCUGAAGAACAAUUGUUACUAGCGCCAGCUAUAGUCGUAGAACUACCAACUUAUGACGAAGCGAUUGCUGAAGAUAGAUAACAGACGAUAGUGAGUUGGGCGUUACUUAUCAGCAGCUGUAAUAAAUAUAUUUCAUUGCUCAAAAACUACAGAAACUAUUGAACUGUUUGUGCCAUUUCGGAGGAAUGAAAUAUUCGUACCCCAUAACUGUAUUUAUUAUCCUUCACAAUUUUGUAAUAAAUUUGCACCAUGAAGUUCAUGAUAGUAAAAUGUUCUUUGUAUCUUGUAAUUAACUGACUAAAAAACUGCAUUGUGCUCCAUUCCAAGUGCUUAAAAAAUGACUUCCGUCGACAAGACAUAUAUUUUUUAUUGAGCAUCAAGUCUUCUCUCUCUAUUUGUACAUGGGCAGAAACUAUUUAAAAUUUAGCAUGCAAUCUUAAACUCUUAUUGUUGCACUAGUACUUCAAAGUUCAAAUUUUUAUGACCAAGAGUUUGUGUUGUAACUUGUAACACUACUACAAAUAGAUAACUUAACAGAAUUAUAUUCUCAACUAAUAUAUUGUGUGGUAAACAUCUGAAAAAACCUUAUAGACUACAAUAUUAUAAGACAAUUAUUAUUACUCCCCAGGACGACUCUUCCAGACGAGGUGAUAAUUCCAAAAAGUACUUUGUGUGGUUGUCUGAGAGAGCAGUUGUCCGGGUAUAUGGAUAAUGGGA